AUGACACCCAACAGCACCAAGGAGGUGCCCAGCCCCGUUCCUGCAGGGGCCCUGGGGCUCUCCCUGGCCCUGGCAAGUCUCAUCGUCGCUGCCAACCUGCUCCUGGCCCUGGGCAUCGCCGGGGACCGCCGGCUGCGCAGCCCGCCCGCUGGCUGCUUCUUCCUAAGCCUGCUGCUGGCAGGGCUGCUCACCGGGCUGGCGCUGCCCGCACUGCCCGCCCUGUGGAGCCAGAGCCGCCGGGGCUACUGGUCCUGCCUCUUCCUCUACUUGGCUCCCAACUUCUGCUUCCUCUCCCUCCUCGCCAACCUCCUGCUGGUGCACGGGGAGCGCUACAUGGCCGUGCUGCGGCCCCUGCGGCCCCGCGGGAGCAUGCGGCUGGCCCUGCUCCUCACCUGGGCUGCCCCCCUGCUCUUUGCCAGCCUGCCUGCCCUGGGCUGGAACCACUGGGCCCCUGGUGGCAACUGCAGCUCCAAGGCCGUCUUCCCAGCCCCCUACCUCUACCUCGAAAUCUAUGGGCUCCUGCUGCCAGCCGUGGGCGCGGCCGCCCUCCUCUCGGUCCGCGUGCUGGUCACCGCACACCGCCAGCUGCAGGACAUACGCCGGCUGGAGCGGGCCGUGUGCCGCGGGGCGCCCUCGGCCCUAGCCCGGGCCCUCACCUGGCGGCAGGCCAGGGCACAGGCCGGUGCCACGUUGCUCUUCGGGCUGUGCUGGGGGCCUUACGUGGCCACCCUGCUGCUCUCUGUCCUGGCCUUUGAGCAGCGCCCACCACUGGGGCCUGGAACUCUGCUGUCCCUCAUCUCACUGGGCAGCGCCAGUGCAGCGGCUGUGCCCGUGGCCAUGGGGCUGGGUGAUCAGCGCUACACGGCCCCCUGGAGGGCGGCUGCCCAGAGGUGGCUCCAGAUGCUGCGGGGCAGACCCCAGGGCAGUCCUGGCCCCAGCACCGCCUACCAUACCAGCAGCCAAAGCAGCGUGGACCUCGACUUGAACUAG